CGGGACCGGACAGGCCGGACCAGGGGCGGCGGCAGAAGGCAGAGGCGCCGCGAUCUCUGUCGGGAAGCGCAACCUCCCCGGGCCCCGCGGGGCCGCGCAGGGGGUGUCCGCCACCCCGCGCCCGCGCCCGCUCCCUCUCUCCAUCCCCUGCCGCCCGCAGGCCACCCCGGGGCCCGGCCAUCCGCGCGCGCAUCCUCGGGCUCGGGCCUGUCCCUGGCCCUCGAGGGAGCCGCCGCUCUCCUCGCUGCCUCUGCAGCGGCCGCGCCAGAGGCCGCCCGGGCGGGACCUCGGCGUGAGCAUCGGGCGCCCCCCUCGGAGUGCACGACCCCCGGAGCCGCCCUCAACACGGACCGCGCCCGCCGGGCACACAAGAAUGGUCACUCAGAUACUGGGGGCCAUGGAGUCUCAGGUGGGGGGGGGCCCGGCCGGCCCGGCCCUGCCCAACGGGCCACUCCUGGGCACCAACGGAGCCACUGACGACAGCAAGACCAACCUCAUCGUCAACUACCUGCCCCAGAACAUGACCCAGGACGAGUUCAAGAGUCUGUUUGGCAGCAUCGGAGACAUAGAGUCCUGCAAGUUGGUUCGGGACAAGAUCACAGGCCAAAGCCUCGGCUACGGAUUUGUGAACUAUUCUGACCCCAACGACGCAGACAAAGCCAUAAACACCCUCAACGGCCUCAAACUGCAGACCAAGACCAUCAAGGUGUCCUACGCCAGGCCCAGCUCCGCAUCCAUCCGGGAUGCCAACCUGUACGUCAGCGGGCUCCCCAAGAGCAUGAGCCAGAAGGAGAUGGAGCAGCUCUUCUCACAGUACGGCCGAAUCAUCACCUCCCGCAUCCUGGUGGACCAGGUCACAGGCGUCUCCCGGGGUGUGGGGUUCAUCCGCUUUGACAAAAGAAUCGAGGCCGAGGAGGCCAUCAAGGGACUGAACGGGCAGAAGCCGCUGGGCGCGGCGGAGCCCAUCACGGUCAAGUUCGCCAACAACCCGAGCCAGAAGACGGGGCAGGCGCUGCUCACCCAGCUCUACCAGUCCUCGGCCCGGCGCUACGCGGGUCCCCUGCACCACCAGACGCAGCGCUUCAGGCUGGACAACCUGCUCAACAUGGCCUACGGAGUCAAGAGUCCCCUGUCGCUCAUCGCCAGGUUCUCUCCCAUCGCCAUCGACGGCAUGAGCGGCCUGGCCGGCGUGGGGCUGUCGGGGGGCGCGGCGGGCGCCGGCUGGUGCAUCUUCGUGUACAACCUGUCGCCCGAGGCGGACGAGAGCGUGCUGUGGCAGCUCUUCGGCCCCUUCGGCGCGGUCACCAACGUCAAGGUCAUCCGCGACUUCACCACCAACAAGUGCAAGGGCUUCGGCUUCGUCACCAUGACCAACUACGACGAGGCGGCCAUGGCCAUCGCGUCCCUCAACGGCUACCGCCUGGGCGAGCGCGUGCUGCAGGUGUCCUUCAAGACCAGCAAGCAGCACAAGGCCUGAGGCCGCGGGCAGAGGGGACCCCGCGGGGCGGCGGGGCCCAGGGCAGGCCCGCCCGGCGCCCUGUCCCUGCGUCUGUCCGCCGUCCGCCGUCCGUCCCGCGGGGCUGCUCACUCUCUCCUCUUGGUUUGGUUCACGGUGAAGGUUUUUGUUCCUUUUUUCAGCUAAAAUGAAAGCAGAGCUGCACCCCCACCCCACCUUUCACCGCCCUCCGUGGGAUGGCUUGGGGGACACCGGAAGGGGGACCCUCCCGGCCCAGGCCUUCCCAAGACCGACGGCUUAGGUGGGUCUGGAGAGAGAGGGAGGGAACAGGUUUAAAAAUCCCCAAAAUAAAAAAAAGCAAAAUGCGAAGAGGGGUGUGGGCACCCCUGGCUCCCAGAACCCCUGGGGGGCAGCAGGGGGGAGGGGCCGGAGCUGACACAAAAUGGAGGAAAAACAGGGGGGUGGGAGGGGAAGAAAACUCUAUUUUUGUAAAAAGGGAAAAAGACCUCGUGGAGAAUUUUUACUGGGGAUUCUUGAACUUGAAAAAAAAUCACAAAAAAAGACAAAAAAAACAAAGAAACUAUUUUGGCAGGUUAUGUUUACCAACCGGGGCACAGGCAGGGCCGGGGGGUUGGGGGGCCGCAGGGCCGCACACGGGGGCACACGGGCUCACGCCACACGGGGACGGAGACACGGACACACGCAGACACACUUAGGGUCACCUUAGGAGCUCACUGGCCACACCCAGAUGCACGGAGGGGACGCAUCCAAAGGAGACAGUUUUGGGGCUGCACAGAAGUGGGCACAGACAGGUGCAGGACAGUGCAAGGCAGGGGCACCGGGUCCCCCUGACGGGGGCCACAGGGCGGGGACACACAGGCUCAGAGCACCCUGCGCCAGCUCCUCCUCCCCGUCCCGUCCCGGGGCGCCCUCCCUCGGGUCCCACCUCUCAGCCCCCAACACAGGCAUCCACAUGCGUCCAGGCACCCAGACACAGGAUACCUCGGUCCGCUUGGGCGUCUCGGGGGACACUCGAGGCCCAAGGACUCCCUGUCCCCACGAGGGCCGGGCAGCCCCCCUCAGGCCCUACACCCCUUCCCGUCCACUUCGUCCCCCGCUUUUUGGUUCAUUAGGUUUGGUUUUGUAAAAUUUUUUGUCUCCAGGUUGGGGAGGGCGAUGGAUGGUCACACUCUGAGCUGGAGACCUCGGCCCUGGCUUCUGUCUGGAUUUUGCACCCCCUGACCCCCACUGCACACCCCCACCCCACACCUUCCCGUUCCCUGGUUUUCACUGAUUUUAAAAAAAAAAAACAAACUCCUAUAGAAGCCAAAGGCCGGAGCCCCGGCAGCCCCUCAGCCCCUCGGCGGGCCAGUCGAGCCGGGAAUCGCCAAGCCCCCUCUUAGCACAGUGGCCAUCUGCUCCCCUGUCCUUCUGUCCAGUGUCCGGCCACGGCCCCGACUCGAGCGUCCGACUCUCUCUCCCCGCCCCUCCCGUGUUGUUAUUAAACGUCUGUGGGGUUUCUGCUGCAAGGAACAAAGAAAAAAAAAUCAAAAAAGCAACAAAAAAAGAAAAAAAAAAAAAAAAGAGGAAAACACAAACAAGAGGAAGGGGGGAAAAAGCAACAAAAAAGAAAAGAGAAAAAAAAAACUUAAAAAAAAAAAACACCACACAUAGAAGAGACAAAAAAAGAAAAAAGCAAAAAAAAAAAAAAAAAAAAAAAAAGACAUAAACUGGCACCAGUGGACUUUCUUGUACUUAUUUGCUGAAUUUAGCUUCUUGUAGUUUUAACUUAUUGCUAUGUUAACUAUUUAUUGCCCCUGUUGACUGUGAGGACCUUUGUGUAUAUUUCUGUUCCUUCACCCGGUUUGCAAGUUAAAGGGACUCCGUGUUCUUUGUUUCUUUAAGUUUUGCUGAGAUGUGAUUAUGCCUAAUUUAUUUAUGAAAGGGGAAGUGGAAUCAUUAAAGGAAUAAUAAUUAUUAAUCGCAGUGAUGGUAGCCGAGCGGCAGCGGGGGAGUGCGGUUUUUCGGGGUGUCCCCCACCCCCCGCGGGCCGGCCACAUGGGGGGUGUCAAGGGGUUCAUUUUGCUCUUGUCUUGAGAAAUUUUUUCAGUCCUAUUUAGCUGGUGAAAAUCCUAGCUUGUUCAUGAUACACGAAUCUAUUUAUUCUCGUGGUUUUAAGUCUACCCUUGUCUCCCUCCCUCCCGGCAGGGCAGGGACCCCCCAGUCCCCCCAGUGGGUCCAACCUCUCUCCUGCUGUCUCUGGGGCUUUCUCCCCGACGCCCUCCGCAUAGAGCAAUAAGGGCUGGGUCGUCCCCCACCCUGGGGGCCAGGCUCCGGAGAGGGGGACUCCUCCCCACACCCCCAGCCCAGGCCUAGGCUCCUGCCACCCCGACACUGGGAGGGGACCUCUUUUUCUAAAUCACAGAGCUCAGCCCAGCCGGGCCCCCUCCCUGGAGGCCGGCCCCCCCAGGGGCCGGGCCAAGGGCUCCCCGGGAGGGGACCCCGGGCUCCCACCUCCUGGGGUCGCGGGCAGGGCCAGCAGGGAGGGGGCUCAGCCCCUCCAACCCUCCCUUCAUCCUGUAAUUUAUUCGGAAGGUUUCAGAUCACGACAGAGUCCAUGUUGGAGGUGAUACAGAACUGUUUAAAAAAAAAAAAAGAAAAGAAAAAAAAAAAAAAAAACCAAAAGAACAAAAAAACCAACCCAAGGAGAGAACACUUUGCGUUGCGUUUAGACUGUUUAUUGCCAGGGUUCCCGGCCUGGCCGCGGUCACAGACUUUUACAUGGAAUUGUUUAAUUAUUUGUACUUUUCAUGCCAGAAAAUAAAAAGUUCAGAAUCUUA